AUGCCACGAGCUGCUAAAUCACAAAAAGAUCCAAAUGCACCAAAACGUCCAUUAUCAACGUUUUUCUUAUUUUCACAAGAUGAACGACCUAAAAUAAAAAAAGAAAAUCCAUCAUUGUCUGUUUCGGACAUAGCUAAAGUUAUUGGUGAACGAUGGCGUUCAAUUGGUGAUGACAAAAAACGUCAUUAUGAAGAAAGAGCUCGACAAGAAAAAGAAAGAUAUGAUCGUGAAAUAGCUCAAUAUAAACAAGGUGGAAAAUAG